CUGGCGGGUGUUUCCUUCCGGAUCAAAGACGGGGUGGGAUUUCCCGCUCGGAAGUGUCCCACGUGCUUCCUCUAGCGUCUGCCCCCAGACCCGGCAACUUCUUAGAAUUGGCUCUAAGGUGGGGACGUCGUGGGAGCUGUGACCUGCCCCGGCCGUGGCACUAAAGGACCGGAAGGAGGUUUCCUCUACGGUGCUGGGUUGAUAUGGAUCCGCUCAGGGCCCAACAGCUGGCUGCGGAGCUGGAGGUGGAGAUGAUGGCCGACAUGUACAAUAGAAUGACCAGUGCCUGCCACCGGAAGUGCGUGCCUCCCCACUACAAGGAAGCAGAGCUGUCCAAAGGCGAGUCUGUGUGCCUGGACCGAUGUGUCUCCAAGUAUUUGGACAUCCAUGAACGGAUGGGCAAAAAGUUGACAGAGUUGUCUAUGCAGGAUGAAGAACUGAUGAAGAGGGUACAGCAGAGUUCGGGACCUGCAUGAGACCCCAGUCAGUCUACCUGGGGUGCACCUUGCCACUUACCUGAUUAAAGUGCUCCUUGGUAGGUGUCGUAUCUGAAAGUUGCCAGACCUAGGCUCUCCGGAGCAUCUCCAAGACCCUGAGUGUGGCAGAGCUCUGGCUGAAGGAGGGGUGUUUGUCACACUGGUAUGUGACUGUAUGUGUGUGUAUAUGUAUAUAUCUAUAUUAAAGCACAUUUGUUGACACU